AUGAAUCUGCUGCACGUGGUGCAGACGUCGUACGAGCCGGGUACGUAUAUCUUGGACGGCUGUCUGUGCAACGGCAGCUCCUCCUUGGCGCUGUCCCUCUCCACCCAGGCCAUCCGCCUCUACGACACGCAGGCGGCUACAUUUCUGGGAGAUAUCAAGGAACACACGCAGCCAAUCCAAGACCUUGUGGCCACUCCUGCUCAGCCUAGCAUGCUUUACUCUUGCCAGCGCGACUGCGGGGUCAUGGUCACGGACCUGCGCCAGGCACGAGCUGUACACUUUUUGUGUGACAUGUGCAGUAGCGGCGCGGUCUGCAGUAGCAUUGGAGUCAAACCAUCCGCGCCGCUUCUCGCCAUCGCGGCGGACCGCGAUAUCCACCUGGUCGACACGCGGACCUGGUGCUCUGUGAAGUGCCUAGAUCAGCUGCAUGUGGAUGAGGUCUCACGGCUGCGCUUUCUCGACGACAAAAUCCUCUGCUCCGCUGGCGAGGAUCAGAUGAUCAAUUUCCUUUCAGUAGAGGAGGGGGUGGUAGACGAUGAUGUACUUCUGCAGGCGGUGAACUGCGGCGAGGUGGUCACUAAGAUGAGCUGCUUCCCCGAGCUUGGCGUGACGGCGAUGGUGGGAAGUUGCGAGAACGGCUAUGUCUUCCCCUACGACCUGGAACAGCGGGAGGCACGUCAUGGACGGCCGAGCUUCGAGAUGUACCUCGUCGACUGGUGCGUGGUGUCCGGCCAGCUGCAUCUCGUUUCCGGCGUGCGGGACGACAACGGCGACGCCGGCCCACUGCAGGCACUGAACUGGGGGACUGGGGAGACGCAGGUCCUGCCCAAGGUGCACAAGGAGCUCGGUCGUGUCGCCAUUGGCUUCGGCAACCGCCUCAUCACCGGUGGUGAGGACGGUAUGUUGGCGUACUGGAAGCACGGCGACUUGCUGCCGUCCGAGAUCGCCACGCCUGUCGGGUAUAGCGCGCAUCGCACGGGCUGCGGGAAGGUCUUUGCGAGCAGCCGAACGCACGAAGGGCAGGGCAGUGGUGGGAACGGUGGCGGUCGGGGUAGCGGCGGCCCUCACCGAGGUGGUCGCGGCCGGCCGUACUGA